AUGCCGUUCCCGCGGCAGACGUACCACUUGGUCAAGGACAUCAUGCGAGACUUCAACAACCUGGUGCACAAGGUGUCAAUGAACCGUGGGUUUUUAAAUGAGCAUCUUUCUUCUGUUGCAAGAAGCGACGAGUUCCAGCGAAACUAUCUGCAGAUCUUUAACACCGUGGCAGAUGAAGGUGUGAGGCAGCCGAUCUCGCUGGGUAUUCACAGGUCAGACUACAUGCUGCACGAUGCCAAUGAUGGAAGUGCUCUCGAGCCGAAACAAGUUGAAAUCAACACAGUCGCCUCGAGCUUCGCGGCCUUGUCCGAGCGGGUCUCUGCGCUCCACAAGUUUCUGGUGGAGAGGGUGCCGGCUGCGAAGCUCCAGAGCGAAAAUUUGCCCGAAAAUCUGCCAGUCUCAGGAAUUUGCAGAGGAAUGGCGCUGGCAGACAAAGCGUAUAAAGAGCAGGAGAGGCCAGAUGCGAAUCAAAGGCACGUCGAGUUCUAUCUGUGGGAGCAUCACAGGAUUCCUGUGCUGCGUGCGACUCUAGCCGAGGUUCUCGAGCAUGCAGCCCUCGAUGCGUCGAGUAAGAGGUUGACGAUGAAGGGGAUGGAAAUCUCCGUCGUCUAUUUCCGUGCUGGCUACUCUCCCAACGACUUUCCGACACAAGCAGAGUGGGACGCUCGCCUCCUCUUGGAGCGGAGUGCCGCCAUCAAGUGCCCUACUGCUGCAUACCAGUGUGUUGGAGCGAAGAAGAUUCAGCAGGUCCUCGCCUGCCCAGGCAUGGUCGAAAAAUUCGUCGAUGAGGACAGUGCGAAGCGGAUUCGCUCGUGUUUUGCAGGGCUCUAUGCGCUUGGCGAUGGCAGCGUCGAGGCCGACAGAGCGAAGGAGGAUGCGAUUGCAAAUCCGAGCAGAUACGUGCUGAAGCCUCAGCGUGAAGGAGGAGGGAACAACUUCUACGAGGAGGAGAUGAAGAAGAAACUUCUGGAAGGAAACAAUGAGACACUGCAAGCCUAUAUCCUCAUGGACAUCAUCCAAGCUCCCUCCAUCCCCUCCGUCUUCCUCAGAAAUUUUCAGGCGAUAGAGACGGAGGCGACGACAGAGCUGGGUACCUAUGGCGUGUUCCUAGCAAAUGGGGAGAGAGUGAUGUUCUCGGAAUGCGUGGGACAUCUCCUACGAUCUAAGCAGGCGACUUCUAAGGAAACUGGUGUCGCUGCUGGCUUUGGUGUCCUCGACAGUCCUAUCCUGUACUAA